AUGAACCGAGUUCUCCUUCAGGUACAAAGAUGGGCCUUUCCCAUCCCAAAUCUCAAAGGGGAUUACAAUCCUUCCAAAACACCCAACAACGGGAAAUGGAAAUUCAUCCCCUCUGCGAUCAAAGAGAUGUCGAUGGGUGAUCUUGACAAGUGGUUGACUUUCUACGAUAUCGGAGAAGAUUGUAAGGAUUUUGGAUUUUUGAAAGAUGUGGAUAAACAAGGUAAACAGGCUUUGUUAUAUAAUUUCAUUGGAGGGUCUAACAAGCCUUCGUACUUCAAGGAAUAA